GCGCGCGGUUCGGAGCCCGAGGAGGACGCCACGGAUCGCCGUCGCCAUCGCCAUCGCCAUCGCUAUGGUAACGGUCCCGUGGGACCAUGGAUAAGCAAGAUGAACUUUUACAAGAGGUUGAGGAACUGGCAAAACAUAUGUCAAUAUACCCGCAUAAUUUGGCUCCAAAAAUCGCCACUAAUUUAGAGUGUCCUGUAAAUGCCAAAGAAGAACUCCUAGAUGAAUGUGAGGCGAUAUGGAAGAAGUUGGAAGAGUGUCAGAGUAAGCUAACACUUCUAGGAACAGAAACACUUACAGAUUCAGAUGCAAAGCUUUCAUUGUUAAUGAUGCGAGUGAAGGCUUUAACAGCAGAAUGCAAUCAAUGGCAGAAACAAACUCCUGAAAUAAUCUCCACCAAUCCAGAUGUUUUGGUAGAAUUAGGAAAAGAAGAGUUGCAGAAAGUAAACCAUGAUCUUGAAAUGGUGCUGUCUAUAUUUAAGGCUAGGAACAAAAAGCUGAAAGAAGACCUAAAAAGAGAACAGCAGUGGCUUGAGGAGCAGCAGCAACUGGUAGAAGCUCUUAGUGUAAUAGAAGAAGAAAUGAAAAAUCAAGUGGUACAGUUUUCUGAAAAACGGGCAUUUCAAGAAUUGAAAAUUAAAAUGCUGAAAAUUAAAGAAUACAAAGAAGAACUCUCAAGUGCUCUGGGAGAGUUCCUAGAAGAACAUUUCCCCCUCCCAGAGGAAGAUGGAAGUGCUAAAAAGAAGAAAAGUCUAGCUAAAGGACCAACAAUGCAGCUGAUAACUUUACAUGAAAUUUUAGAGAGUCUUAUAAACAAAUUGAUGAGUGCACCACAUGACCCAUAUUUAACAAUCAAUGACACUUUUUGGCCUCCUUAUAUCGAACUGCUGCUGCGAUAUGGUAUUGCGCUGAGACAUCCAGAUGAUCCCAAGAGAAUACGCUUAGAAGCUUUUCAUCAGUAAAUGGACCCUAUCAAUAUUUUAAAAACAAAAAUUGUUGAUCCAAUAUUUAAACUUAACAAUUCUUUGUUAUUUUUAUCACAAUUUGGGGGCAUCAGUAACCUUUUCUGCUUGGACAGAAAACUUAAAAAAAAUACAAACCCUAACUUUCUUAGGUGCAGAUUCUUAAAAGCUUGUGAAAUAUGAAAAAUGAAAGAAUUCUCUUCACUUUAAGUAAUGAUGAUUUUUACUCAUGAUUUUUAGUGACUUCACAGUAGUUGCUUCUAUACUAAUAAAAUAGUCAGUGCUUGUAUUCUGAAAAUUUUUCAGACUGCUUAGUUAAGAUUCAAAUUCAAGUUAAAGGACUAUUGUUUGCAGACAAAAUGAUUAAAGAUACUAAUUGUCCUUUGAUUUUUUUUUUUUUUAAAUAAUGCUUUGCAUGAGGCAUCUUUAUUUUCUUAAAUACCCCUCACUCAGAAUGCCUCCACUACUUUGCUUUCUUGUAUUAUUUAUGGGGCACUUGUGUAGUGCUAAAGUUUCAAAUAACUCAAGGCUGUAUGUGGACGUGAAGAUUAAAAAUUUUAAUUGGAAAAA